CCCUCCGCCGUUGAUCUAAAAAAUGAUUCCGUUGAGUUGGAUGGUUAUUCGGAUUUGCCCGAGUCCUUGGCUCAGUUUAUUGUGUCUAGAACUAAACUCUCGGUGGGCCCUAUUAAACGCCCGCCGUUUAUGUCAAAGAAACAGAUCAUUUUUGUGAGCGCGGUGGCACUGAUUUGGAGUCCGUUUCUUGUAAAGAAGUUAAUUUCCGGGAACACAAUUUUGCACGAGAAGAUCACAUGGAUGGGCGCAGCAAUUUUCGUUUACUUCUUCAGUGUUUCAGGAAUGAUGUUCAAUAUAAUCAGGAAAAUGCCGUUGUUCUUGAGGGACAAACGGGACCCGAGCAAGAUGUUAUUCUUCUAUCAUGGGUCAGGGAUACAGUUGGGUGUUGAGGGAUUUAGUGUUGGUUUCUUGUACACGAUUGUAGGGCUCUUGUUAGCCUUUCUGACACACGGGCUGGUUAAAGUGAGGAACAGGUCUCUGCAGAGAUGGCUGAUGAUGUCGAUCCUGUUUGUGCUGUUCUGGGCAGUCCAGAAGGUGGUUCUCUUGGGUAAUUGGAAAUCAGGGUAUCGCAUUCAUGGCUACUGGCCUUCCAGUUGGCGGUGAUUCUCAUGAAAAGACUCUGUGGACUUUCUGCCUUUAGGUAUGAAGACUUGGCCAGCCAGAACAUGUAGGAAACAUGCACCAUGUACAGCGAUGAAGACGACUUGAGUGUGCCGAAUGUGCGACUUUUCUGUAGUUUCUGAUUGGUAUUUUCGCCAUAUCUUCUGUAGUUCUGCAUUCAUCCACUACAUGAGAAGUUCACUUCUCCUGACGAAAUUUUGUUAUGACAACAGAAAUGCGUGGGGAUGCCAACAGAACUUUAAUAGAUUAACAUAAAUUUUGUUGUGUGGAAAUAUGACCCGAAUGCUACAAAACUCCAGUUCAAGAUUUUGGUCCAAUUCUGUUUACAAACAGAAAUAAAGCCCAUUCUGUGUAGCACGCAACAUAAAAUUAUAGAAUUGCAUUUACAGCCCACAUUAUUUGGAAGAUAUAUUCGACUAAGAAUUGGUCAUGAAA